AUGGCGUCUGUCUCCCAGUCACCUGAUGAGCCUCACUGCAGGCUCCUUCCAUUGUUCAUGGGCCUGAGGUACAGGAAUGUGUCCUUUGUUUUGGACACCUCAGAGGCCAUGAGCACUGCUCUGGGGUCAGUGAAGCGCCUGCUCAUCCAGACCCUGCUGAACAAGGCAUCCCUCAGAGACUCGCUCUUCAACAUCAUAGGCUUCUCAUACAAGGUACUGUACAACUCACAAUGUUAAUGCUGUACGCAAUAUAAUCAAAUCAAAUCUUACUGGUCGCGUACACAUAUUUUGCAGAUGUUAUUGCAGGUGCAGGUGCAGCAAAAUGCUUAUGUUUCUAGCUCCAACAGUGCAAUAAUACCGAACAAUAAACAAAAAUAUCAAAAAAUAAAAAGCAAUGUCAGAGUCUGGAAUAUAAAUAUAUAUAUGUAUAUGAUGGUGUGUAUAGACAGUAUGGACUGUAUACGAAUAGAAAAGGUUUGUACAGCAGUAGUUCUAUAGGAUGAGCCUUGACUAGAAUACAGUAUGAUACAGUAUGUAAACAUUAUUAACUAAAGUUAGCAGUGUUCAAUGACUAUAUACAUAGGGCAGCAGUCUCUAAACUGCAGGGUAGAGUACCGGGUAGUAACCGUGAAUAAGUUCAGAGCAGGGUACUGGGUGGAGGCCGGCUAGUGGUGACUAAUAUGCCUAUGUGUGUGUUUUACAUGUGAGGAGUGUGUUUAGGGAAGAUAAUGCAGUGGUUCAGUACCUAGUUGUAGUAAAUUACCUUUUGCCCAACCCUGGUGUAUGGCUAACUGUAUGUCACAUUUGGCUGAGCAUUUUGAUGCAUUAUGAACACCUUACAUUCCUUACUGUGUUUUACCAUUGUUGUCCCAUGUUGCCCAACUCUAGGUAACCCGUUGGUCUGAGCACAUGGUGCCCUGUGCUCCGGACACUGUCUACGAGGCUCUAUCCUGGAUCCACUCCCUCAGCUCCAGCCCAGGUAGGGACCUCCUGGCUGCCCUGAGUACAGCCUUCAGCGACCCAGCCUGCCACGCCGUCCACCUGGUCACCACCGAUCUCCCUGACCACCCAGAGGAACUCCUUCGGGCCCUGCCAACAAUGGCAGGGAAGAGGCCAGUACAUGUGUUCCACCUGUCGCUAUCUAACCCCAGCAGCAGCAGCUCUCUGGACGGCAGGACUCAGGACUUCAUGCAGUGUCUGACUCAUGCCACAAGAGGGAGCUGUUAUGUUCUCCCAGUCGGGAUGGAUGGGGCAGUAGAGCAGGUGGGGGGACCAUGAGAGUUUGUGAUUCAUCCAGAGCAGGACUGCCCAACCCUGUUCCUGGAGAGCUACCGUCCUGUAGGUUUUUGCUCCAACCCUAAUCUAGCACACCUGAUUCUAAUAAUUAGCAGGUUGAUAAGAUGAAUCUGGUUAGUAACACCUGGGGUUGGAGCGAAAACCUACAGGAGGGUAGCUCUCCAGGAACAGGGUUGGGCAACCCUGAUCUAGAGUGAUUGAGUCUUAAUGAAUUUGAGUGCCCACUGCUCAUCAUUGAGCACCUAAUUGAUUAAUUUGUCAUUGUCGGGGUUGGUAGAAGGAGGGUCACCUCCACCAGAUUUCAUUGUGUCAGUCGGCGUGGCUCGCAGAUGGGGUUGAGGACAGGGCUCUGUGCAGGCCAGUCAAGUUCUACCACACGGAUCUCGACAAACCAUUUCUGUAUGGACCUCGUUUUGUGCACAGGGGCAUUGUCAUGCUGAAACAGGAAAGGGCCUUCCCCAAACUGUUGCCACAAAGUUGGAAGCACAGAAUCGUCUAGAAUGUCAUUGUAUGCUGUAGCAUGAAUAUUUCCCUUCACUGGAAUUAAGGGGCCUAGCCCGAACAAUGAAAAACAGCCCAAAACCAUUAUUCCUCCUCCACCAAACUUUACAGUUGGCACUAUGCAUUCGGGCAGGUAGCGUUCUCCUGGCAUCCGCCAAACCCAGAUUCGUCCAUAGGACUGCCAGAUAGUGAAGCGUGAUUCAUCACUCCAGAGAACGUGUUUCCACCGCUCCAGAGUCCAAUGGCGGCGAGCUUUACACCACUCCAGCUGACGCUUGUCAUUGCACAUGGUGAUCUUAGGCUUGUGUGCGGCUGCUCGGCCAUGGAAACCCAUUUCAUGAAGCUCCCGACAAACAGUUAUUGUGCUGACGUUGCUUCCAGAGGCAGUUUGGAACUCUGUAGUGAGUUUUGCAACUGAGGACUGACGAUUUUUACGCGCUUCAGCACUUGGCAGUCCCGUUCUGUGAGCUUGUGUGGCCUAACACUUCACGGCUGAGCCGCUGCUGCUCCUAGACGUUUCCACUUCACAAUAACAGCACUCACAGUUGACCGGGGCAGCUCGAGCAGGGCAGCAAUUUGAUGAACUGACUUGUUGGAAAGGUGGCAUCCUAUGACGGUGCCGCCUUGAAAAUCUGAGCUCUUCAGUAUGGGCCAUUCUACUGCCAAUGUUUCUCUAUGGAGAUUGCAUGGCUGUGUGCUUGAUUUUAUACACCUGUCAGCAAUGGGUGUGGCUGAAAUAGCCGAAUCCACUUAUUUUAAGGGGUGUCCACCUACUGUUGACAUCCCGGGCUGUGCUGUCAAUGACUGAUAGGAAGAUGAGAAGGCCCAGAGAGUUCCUUGAGCUACACCUCCCGUCUGCUCCUGCCAGUCUGAGAGGCUGUCUUGGUAGCGUACCUGUUGUUUGUGGUCGAUUAUUAUUAUUUUUUUUUUACACAUUAGCAACUGUUACAUCUAUAGUAAACUGGUGAGCUGGCCCAGAAAAAGGCAUGAAUUUAACAAGGAAUGUGAAUUCCCAAAUCUAUAUGUUUUUAAGUCACAAAAAGAAAAAACAUUUAAUAGGGAGAGUUAUGAUUAAAGUCUUGGGUGUGUGCUUCCAGGUGAUUCCAUUGUACAUUGCUGAGAGCCAGCCCUCAGUGCCGACCUGUUCUCCAGUGAAGUCCUGCAGUCAGUCCACCUCUGUUGUUCCACUGCAGCCUUUACUGCCCUUUUCUCCUCUCAGGUUGGUCUCCUGGAUUACCAAGUUUCAAACAGCUACACAAAGAAUGCAAUGUAUACACUGGCAUUGUAAACCACUAGCCUGGAUACCAGUCUGUUUAGCUAACAUUCCACUCAUCAUGCUCAACUCACUUUGGCACAUCACAAAGAGUACAAGGAGUGGAAUAUUAGCUAAACAGACUGGUACCCAGGCUAGUAAACCACUGCUAUAACCACAAAAUAGUCUCAUCCUGCCUAUCCAUGUACAGUAUCUAAGCAUUUAUGGACAGGACUUAUGUACAGUAUCUAAGCAUUUACGUACAGGAUGUGUAUAGACAUGUUAUUAGCUACAUCUAUGCAGUCCGCUUCCCACUGAGGUAAAAAAAAAAAGGAUUUGUGGUUGUGCUGCAGGUGUAUGCUUGGUAAUCCCUUCUGUCCAGUCAGUAGCUGUGUGUUGUCAGGGAGGGCCCUGUCCCUGUGCAGCACAGAGUUUCUCCCAGGCUGCCGUGUGUUGGCCAGGAGGGAGCUGGAUGGCCUUUACUAUCUGGGCACUGUAAUGCAGCUAGUCCAGGUAACAAGCAGACAUCCCUUCAUUCAUGUCAUCUUUUAAAGUAUAUUGAAUAUAUUAUCAGAUCACCUAAGCACAAUAUCAUUCAAAAUGAAAGCACCAAACACCAUGAGAGGCUUAUGUAAGAUGUUGGGUUGCUAUCUUUAGCCUACCAGUGAAUAUACUGUAAUGAUGUGUCACUGCUCCAUUGAGCUUGGUUCCUUGCCUCCUGAUGCCAUGCCGUGAGCAAAAAUGUAUUUUCUUCUGUCCCCCAGGGUCGAAGAGGAGUGUACGUGGUUGAGUUUGACAGGCCGGGGACGAGGAGACCCGAAGCGGGAGACGGUCACGCUAUGAGGAUGUCCCAGCAACAGCAGCAGCAGCUAGUCUGCUCUCCAGACAUGCUGAACCACACUCAGGCCCACACACACUGUCUGGUCCCUGGGGACGCAGUGUUGUCCCCGUGGGAACCUGACCUGAGGAGAUACGGUCCGGGGAGAGUGGUCUCCGGAAUGGAGAUACGAGAUUCACUAACAGGUAAGGUGCGGUUUGAUCAGAAGGGUUGACUAUUACAUUGUCUCCCGCUGUGAAAGAGUCAUGACUCAGGAUCUGAGAACUAUGACAGAUGUUUCACCCCUUUCAUUUCAGUAAUGCUCAAAGUAGGAGCUGCAUAGAAGACCAGUGUGUGGCACUAUAUUAUACGUUGCACUCUAAGCUGAGGUCUGUCUUUGCCCCUGCAGCAGAGAGUGGGAAGGGGCUCCAGGUGCUAUUGUGGAAUGGUAGGCUGAUGCAGGUGCCUGGGGAUCUAGCUGUGUGGAUCCCUGCAUCUCAGCAUGAGCGGAUCGUCAGGGAGCUCCAGCGAAUUCCUCUGCCGCCGUGCUGCAAUGACAAUUUGCUCCACGUCCACAGCGCCAUGUGGGCUCCCUAUCUGUACGGCACUGGAACACAGUGCUGUCCAUCAGCAGGUGGACCAUGGCAUUGUCCAAUCAUGCAGCCAUGGUGGCCACUGAGAGUUCCGCCUACUCAUGUGCAUGGCCUGAAGGAGAGGGAGGGGCUAGAGAGGGAGAAGCGGCAAGAGAGGGCAGAGCUGGAGCAGAAGGUGGACCUCCAGUUGGGAGAGCUCAAGGAAACUAAAGAGGUUGAACCUGAGACAUCAUCUUCGUCCUCUUCUUCAUCCCUGUCGGUGGAUGAGGAAGCAGGGGCCAUAGGGGAAAAGUCUGUCAGCCCAUUGGCCAGCACAGAGCCCUCUCCCCUGGACAAGCUGGGGCCAGAACACAGCCGACCCGCCUGGAGGUACUGGAGAAGAAGCGCUCCUGAGCCACAGCACAGACAGCCAGGUAUUGAAUACACUCAGCUAAAACUACAGUGAUUCUUUAUGCACAACCUGCCACUGGGCAUGUUGAAAAUAGCUGUAUAUUGAAAAGGCAGAGUAACGUAAAACCAAUGUCUGUUGAUUUUUCUGAGAAAGCACCAAGGGGAAAAUUCCAGUCUACAAAAAUCAGCUACCCUGACGUCGAGAUCAGUGGCUCACCCAAUCACAGCUCCAUGUUUCAGCCACUUCCUGGUUGUGAGAGGAGGAGGGUGACCAUCAGGGAUGCGUUUGGCCUGACAGACUCCAGACCUCGUCCAAAAACGAGACUCCAGUUAACCCCUGGCAACACGGUCACA